AUGAAUGCUGUGACCAGUCACGACUUCUCUCAGAGGAACCAUUUCUCUACCCAAAAUGGCAACUCCAACUCCUACCACUCUGGAAUGGACCGAGUAGGUCGCAAAGUAAAUUCCCACGACAAUCUUUCGAGUGCAAAACUUCACAACUCCGUUGACGGAGCCGGAGCUCGUCAUAUCACUGAAUCCAAGACAAGCCCAGCCUUGAAUGGCGGCUCCUGGGAACAAACAUAUGGCCCUGAUGAGGCCGAAGACGAAUACAGUCGCAAUGCUGUGCCUAUCGAUCAACCGCCUAUCGAGGAGGGUUCCAAAUGGAUUCACCGCGACAAAUUGGCAAGGAUAGAAAACGAAGAGCUUCAAGCUGCCGGUAUUUAUAUCCCGAGACCUCGUAACCAGAGUAAGCAACGACGAAGUGACCGAGACCGAAGCCGAAGUGCUAUACGUCGGGGCACAGACGCAUCUGAGACCAGAUCUCGCAAGAACUCAUCUGCUGUCGAUGCGCGAAGUCCCGAGACUACAGGCGAAGCCUGGGAUUUGAGAACUCCAGAAGAGAUUGCUGAGGAAGAAAGCAAUGCUUACUUUCAUCCAAACAACCAUAAAGGAGGCUCUCGCAUUCCGGUUGCCAAGGUUAGUCCAGUGCCCAUCAGUAUUGAUCGUUUUGAGCGAGCAUCCAUUGCUACGAGAAAGACGAGCUCGAGCCCCGAAGAUGAACGGACUUUGACAAAUGAAAAGGCUCGACCUGGAAGCGCACAUAUGAUGAAGGGAUCCGAUGCCAUGUCGAUCAACAGCAACUUCAACAGUAGCUUGCCCGCACCAAAGCGAGCGGCUACCGAUAAUCCCUCGCCCAAGAAGAACGCGAACGGCCCACGCAAAACAUCUGGUCCUUCGAAGACAGGCACGACCGGAACCACCAGGCCAAAGACGAGAUCUGGUUCUAUUGGAAAUAGCAUCUCUACUACACGACCUUCAACUCGAUCUGGCGAGUUGUCUGCGGCGACUAAGGCUCCCGAAGGUGACCCUCCAUGGAUGAUUAAUUCUUAUAAACCUGAUCCACGACUGCCCCCUGACCAACAACUCUUGCCCACGGUGGCGCGCCGCCUACAGCAAGAGAAGUGGGAGAAGGAGGGUAAAUUCGGCGAUGUCUACGAUAAGGACUUCCGGCCGCUCAACGACAACGCUUUGGGCAAAGAACAUCGCGACCAAGCGGAUAGAUCUGAAGAGGAGAACGAGCGGAAAGAAGAAGGAAACGGACCAGAGGGUGAAUGGCCGCUCAAGCUGGAGCCUGUCAGGAGCCCAACACUUCGUGCUGGAGGUUACUCCACAAUGCCCAAGAUCUCGGAUAAGCCUCUUACCAGUCCUCUCCCGAGCCCAAGGACACCUCUUUCUCCCAACGCACCUACUUCGCCCAACGCACCGGCUCCAGAGCAACCGAAAGAGGAGCAGUCUACUGAGCCUCCUGUGCAAGAACCUCAGCGUCCUCAACGCCAACAACCUGCGGACGACGAUAGCAAGGGAGGCUGCGGAUGCUGCGUGGUCAUGUAA